GCAAUCCAAAAAAUAUUCCAGGCUUAGCACAUUUAUGCGAGCAUAUGCUCUUCAUGGGCACAAAAAAAUAUCCAGAAGAAAAUGAAUUUUCGCAAUUCAUAACACAAAAUGGUGGAAAUUAUUCUGCGUACACAGCAAUGGACCAUACAAACUAUCAUUGUUCCUCUAAUACAGAUUCACUUUGACCACUAUUGGACAGAUUUUCCAGAUGUUUCUCCGAACCAUUGUUUACUCCGAGUGUGGUUGAAAGAGAAAUUAACGCUGUUAACUCCGAACAUGAUAAAAAUAAAGUAAUCGACAGUUGGCGUUUGGGUCAAUUAAAAAGAAGUAUGGCUGACCCAAAUCAUCCCUUCAACAUGUUCAAAACAGGUACAAAGCAAACAUUGUGGGAUAUUCCAAAUAAGAAUAAAUCAUAUGUUUGCGAGAAGCUUCUAGAAUUUCAUUCAAGUUGGUACUCCUCGCAUUUAAUGUAUCUAGCUGUACUCGGAAAAGAGGAUUUAAACACUUUAGAAGAUAUGGUUAUAUCAUUAUUUAUACAUAUAGAAAGGAAAGAUGUAGAAAUGCCAAUAUGGGUUGAUCCAAUUUAUAAAGAAGAACAGCUUGCAACUAAGACUAUUGUAGUUCCAGUAAAAGAUGUCAGAGAGCUAUGUAUUAACUUUCUUAUUAACAACCAGCAACCAAACUACAAGAGCAUGCCUACUGAGUAUUUGAACGCGAUAUUCAGUCAUACGAGUAUUUCAGCCAUUUUAUGUAUGAGAGGAUGGGUUAAUGGAUUUUUAGCUUGUAGCAUAUUUGAAGCUAGAGGCAUUGAAUACUAUGAGAUUAUCAUGGAUUUGACAGAGAUAGGAUUGGAUUAUGUCGAUGCCAUAAUCAAAGUAAUAUUUCAGUAUGUGAAUGGGUUGAAACUUCGAGGCCCUCAAGAAUGGUUUCACGAAGAAACUAAACUUAUUAAUUCAUUAGAAUUUCAAUAUAAAGAUAAUGAACCACCAUUAAAUUAUGUAACUAUGCUUACACCUCAGAUGAUAAGAUAUAAUCUGAAAGAUGUCUUGAUAGCUGAACAUUUAAUAGAAGAAUGGAAACCAGAUUUAAUAACAGAACUUUUGUCUUAUUUUAGACCAGACAAUAUGAGAGUCACUGUUAUUUCCAAAACAUUUCAAGGCCAGACUAAUGCAGAAGACAAAUAUUAUGGGACAUUGUUUGCAGUAUCUAAAAUCCCAAUGGAAACAAUUAAUUUUUGGCUGGAAGAUGAUAUUUGCGAGGGGAUUAUAAUGCCAUCAAAGAACAAAUACCUUGCUUCAAAUUUUACACUAGUGCCAAUUGAAAUUCACAAAGAACCCGAAAUCCCAAAAAUAUUUUACAAUUCCUCGAUUUUAAGAUGCUGGUUAAAAAUAGAUACAGAAUUCAGAUUACCCAAAGCAUAUGUAGCAGUUGACUUUUUCAGUCCUAUUGUUGCUGUUGAUCCAUUCAAUUGUAAUAUAAUGGAUAUUUUUGUGAAAUUAUUUAAUGAAGAUUUUUCCAAACACAUACACAAUGCAAGUAGAGCUAAGCUUCAUUUGCAAUUGAAAUCAAGUAUUCAUGGAUUCAACUUUGUACUUCACGGUUUCAAUCAAAAGAUAAAUAAAUUAUUGAAAAGAAUAAUUGAAAGACUGUCGACGUUCACGAUUGAUUCACAACGAUUUGAAAUUAUUAAAGAAGAAAAAAUUCGAAAAUUGAAAAGUAUCGAAACGGAAAACCCAUAUCGUAGUGCAACGCGUUAUAGUUCUAUAAUUCUAUCAGAAACUUCAUGGAGUCCUCGUGAAUUAUUAAAAUCUAUUGGCGGUAUUGACGUGGAUAGUGUUCGAGGCUUUAUGAAUAAUUUUUGGUCACAUUUGUACAUAGAAUCAUUUAUGUACGGUAACCUAAACAGACGAAUGGCAGUAAUCCUUAUUCAUCUAUUGGAAAAGCCAUUUUUGAGCCGUGAAGGAUUUCGCCCAUUAUUGUCACGAGAACUUAUCAGAUCAAGAGAAGUCGAAAUCGAUGAUGGUGAGAACAAGUUGUAUGAAAGAAUAACUGAAUUACACAGCUGCUCGGGUGUUCAAGUUAAUCUGCAAUGCGGCGUUCAGAACAUAAAGAAUAACGUCGUAGUUAGCCUGUUUAAUCAAAUUAUCGAAGAGUCGUGUUAUAAUAUUUUGCGUACACAGGAACAACUUGGAUAUGUGGUAACGAGCAUAACCAGAAAAUCCAAUGGAGUAUUAUAUUUCUGUAUCAUCGUGCAGUCAGAUUAUAAUCCAAUAUUCGUUCACACAAGAAUCGAGCAUUACUUAAGCUCCGUUGAGUCAUUAUUGAAUAACCUUACCGAUGAAGAAUUUCUCAAACACAAAGAGUCUUUGGCCACAAAACUGUUAGAGAAGCCAAAAGGGAUGAUUGAACAGGCUGUUGUCUAUAGGUCGGAUAUCAUAGAUCAAUGCUACAUUUUCAAAGCAGCUGAAUUCGAAGUAAAAAUAUUAACAUCGAUUACCAAAGAAGAUAUUAUUGAAUUUUACCAACAAAAAAUCAAUUUGACCGGUCCCAAAAGGCGCAUGUUGUCUGUCUACAUCAGAUCUACAUUGAAUCCAAAACCCGACGAAUGCAGCACUUUGUCAUCGUCGGACAUCAAUUUAUUUAUAACGAGUAAAAUCCAGAAAAUUGACGACAUUAACGAAUUCAAGAAAAGUCAUCGGUUAUAUCCGGCUCCAGGGAAAUUAAUAGCUAGAUGGCCAUGACAUUUAUCAAUUGCAAAGAAACAUAUUGCACCUAAUAGUUUAGAAUAAUGGAAAUUGUAUUCAUUAAUCUUUUUUAGACCUUGAAAGUAGCUUUAUGAUAAUAUAAACUACUAAAAUGUUGUUUUAUUUAAGUAUGUAAAUAAAUGUAAAUAUUGCAAACAUAA